CUGCUAUACCGUUUCUUACUUUUCUUACCCUAUUUUAGCUUAAAUUUUCUAUAUGAGAUAAAAGGGUGGGUUCUCGAAUUGGAUAACAGACGGAGACAGAGAUGGCGUCGACUUCUUCUCUGAUAAUCUUCUCAACAGUCCCAUUUUCUUCUUCUUCCUCAAAAUGGGUUUCAAUCCCCAUGUCCUAUUACCAAAAUAACACUUGCUUUAAACGAUUCUAUCUCCAUAAAAGCUCCUCUAAAUAUACCAUAAACCCUUCACGGCCAACUACACGAAACCCUAAAACCCUAAUUGUUAGAGCUGCUGAAUACAAAUUCCCAGACCCAAUACCAGAAUUCGCUGAAGCUGAGACUGAGAAAUUCAGGACUCAUCUCAUCGAGAAACUAUCAAAGAAAGACGUAUUUGAAGAUUCUGUAGAUGAAGUGGUUGAUAUCUGUACUGAGAUCUUCGGAAAAUUCUUGCAUGCUGAAUAUGGAGGUCCAGGAACUCUAAUGGUGGAUCCUUUUUGGGAGAUGGCUGAUACUAUAAACGAAAGUGAAUUGCCUGGAGGACCUCAAGCUGCUCGUGCUGCAGUUAAAUGGGCGCAAAAUCACGUUGAUAAUGACUGGAAAGAAUGGAAUGGUAAUUGAGUUAGAUUAGCUGCUCAUAGAUAACAUAGAAUUGCGUCAGAUUGAUCUUGAAGAGUUUCCAAAUUAGCAACAGAAAAUGGUCAAAUCCAAUGCCAAAGUUCAUGGGAUAUAAGUCUAUUCUGGUCAUUGUAUUAUGUCAACGCUGUAUUUCACUGAGCAUAAGUUUUGCCGAAUAG